UUCAAGAAAUUAGGGUUGUUGAUUAGAAGAUAUAUAACCAAAAUGGGAAGAUCACCGUGUUGCGAUCAAGACAAAGGCGUGAAGAAGGGACCGUGGGUGCCCGAAGAAGAUGAUAAGCUCACGGCUUAUAUAGAGAAGAAUGGUUAUGGGAAUUGGCGGUCGCUUCCUAAGCUCGCUGGACUUAACCGUUGCGGCAAGAGCUGCCGGCUCCGGUGGAUGAAUUAUCUACGGCCUGAUAUCCGGCGAGGCGAGUUCUCCGAUGAAGAAGAGAGUACUAUCGUUAGACUCCAUGCCCUUCUUGGCAACAAAUGGUCGAAGAUUGCGAGUCAUCUUCCAGGAAGAACUGACAACGAAAUCAAAAACUAUUGGAACACUCAUAUGCGGAAGAAGAUGUUGCAAAUGGGUAUUGAUCCAAUCACGCACGAGCCAAGAAUCAACGAUCUUAGCCCUAUCCUCGACGUUUCUCAAAUACUCGCCGCGGCUAUUGUCAACGGCCAAUUUGGUAACAGUAACCUCAUCAACAACAACACUGCUUUGGAAGAUCUUCUCAAACUCCAACUGAUCCAUAAGAUGCUUCAAAUCAUAACCCCCAAAGCCAUACCAAACAUCACCAGCUUCACUACCAAUUCAUUGAAUCCUAAACUAGAUUCAGUAGUCAAUAGCUUCACUACCAAUUCAGUGAAUCCUAAACCGGAGCAGGCGGCUAUACAACUGAAUGCUAAUGAACGACAUGAUUUUAUAAACCAAAGUGCAAAUGAAGAUUUCAUGAUGCCACCGUUUGAAAAUAUUUGGGAUGGUUUUGAAGAUAACCAGCUUCCUGGUUUGGUUACGGUUUCUCAGAAAAAUCUGAAUUCAGGAACCGGAAUGAUGCCGGGUUAUUAUGGUGAUCAAUUAAGUGAGAUCCCAUCUAAUGGUUCCAUAUCGGUUUCUCCUGAAACAUCCGGCUUGAAUUAUCCCGGUACGACUCAACAAUUAACCGGUUCGGAUGUCCUGGAGGACUGGGAGAAGUUCCUUGAUGAUGAAACAAGUGACUCUUGCUGGAAAAGUUUCUUAGACUUAACGUCGCCCACAUCGUCACCCGGCCCGUGGUAGAACUGGAUAUUUUUCUUCCAAGUCGUAUACUUUUAGUUUUAAAGAAAAUUCA